AUGACUAUAGGAAACCCGGAGAGAGAAAGAAAAUGGCGGGUAGGAAAGGUUAACAAUUAUUCUCAAUCUAUCUAUCUAUCUAUCUAUCUAUCUAUCUAUCUAUCUAUCUAUAAUGGUGCUUCCUUUCAUAUCUAUCUAUCUAUCUAUCUAUCUAUCUAUCUAUCUAUCUGUGUAGAUAGAUAUAUUAGUCCUUUCAUAUCUAUCUAUCUAUCUAUCUAUCUAUCUAUCUGUCUUCUUUACUUAUCUAGAUAUAAUCUCUCCAUAUCUAUGACAGAAUCAGAAUUUGGCUUUCUCUUUCUUUCCAACACACUUCUCCUCUCUCUUUCCCACUUCAUCUCCUUCUCUCAUCAUUUGUUUUUGACGCUGUUGUUUUUAUUGUUGCCCUUCUUCUUCUUCUUCUUCUUCUUCUUCUUCUUCUUCUUCUUCUUCUUCUUCUUCCUUAUUCGUUCUUUUAUUCUUUAUCUAUCUAUCUAUCUAUCUAUCUAUCUAUCUAUCUAUCUAUCUAUCUAUCUAUCUAUUCAUUAA